AUGGUCGGCGGCGGCGGCGGCGACCUCUUGGGCUCACUGCCCGAUGAGGUCCUCCAGCACGUGCUCUCCUUCCUCCCCUCCCGCGAAGCCGUGCAGGCGUCCGCGCUCUCCCACCGCUGGCGCGACCUCUGGAGAUCCACGCCCGCCGUUCGCGUCCCUGGAUUCGACGCCGGCCACACCCACGGCCUCGAGCAGGCCUUCCCCACGUUCGUCAACCGCUUCCUCCUCCUACGGGACGGGGCCUCGCCGCUGUGCUCCCUGGAGAUCGACGUCGACCUCAGCGACGGGGACAAUUACGGCGAGAACGACCACAACCACGCCUUCAUCAACAAGCAAUUCGACCUGUGGAUCCGGCAUGCGGCGCCGACCUGCCGCACACUCGCUCUCGCCGCUUGCAUCUCCUGCAAGCCCGAGAUGCUCCGGCUGGAGGCCCGGCCCCUCGCCGCCUCCCGGCACCUCACGACGCUUCGCCUCUCCUGCGUCAAGCUAGGCGGCGGAUCCCUCGACUUCUCUCGAUGCCCGGCGCUGCUGCAGCUCGACCUGUGGGGAUGCGACGUCGACGUCGAGGCCAUCGCGUCGCCCUCGCUGCAGGGCCUCAGCGUCGUCGACUGCAACCUUGUGCCAUGGCCUCGCCGAACGACGACUGCGACGAGGAUCUCCACGCCGAGCCUCCGUCGGCUGCAGCUGUCUGAUUGUGUGGGUGGCGCUCUUCCGUGCCUCGAAAGCACGCCGUCGUUGACCACGGCAAUCGUACGGCUCUCAGGGGACAAAAGAGAGGACCGGGGCACUCAUUGCCUGAUUCUUGAUGCCCUGUCGGAGGCGACGACUUUGGAGUUGACAGCUUCGUCUUAUGAUGGACAGGUUAUAUUCCAAAGGGAUUUGAGAUGGUGUCCUACAUUUAGCAAGUUGAAGACUUUGAUACUUAAUGAGUGGUGUGUAUAUGACGACGAAACAGCACUCGCUACUCUUCUUCAGCACUCGCCAAUUCUAGAGAAUCUCAUCUUUGAACUUUCCACGAACUGUCCGUAUAAGUUGAAAGUAAUCCGAAGCUAUAAUACAUGGGAGCAGUUAACUUUUCAGCACCUUAAGACAGUUGAAAUCAGGUGUCAAGUGGUCAGUUCAAAGGUUUAUAAAGUCUUGAAGGUGUUAAGUGCAUGUGGGGUACCACUCGGCAAAAUCAAUAUCCAAGGAACCACCUCACAGUUUGAAUGUUUCAAUUUUGUUUGCACGGGUUUCAGUUCCAAAGAGUGUUGACGCGAUCUAUAUGCACUCUUGGAUUUGUUUUCUCUGGAUUAUUCAGAAACUAGCAGGUGUGCCACUCGGCAACAUGAAUUAUUUUUAUUUUCUAUGUAGGUAACUCAUUGUGCCGUUGAGGUCGGCAUGCGGGUGUGGUGGCGUCGGUUGUAAGACGGGGUAAGAGAAAUCGUGAAAAAAACUCGA